AUGUCUUCUUCUGUCACCUUACCGCCAGGCUUCGCCUUCACCCAAAAGGUCCAUAAUGCUCCCUAUCCAAGCAUCUCACCGUUCCGCCCCGAGCUCUCCCAGGCAGGGAAGACGGUGCUCAUCACGGGUGGCCACACGGGCAUCGGUUAUGCCAUCGCACGGGCCUUUGCCCAGGCCAGCGCAAAAGCUGUCAUCAUCAUCGGCCGGCGUGACAACUUGGUUGCUUCUGCUGCGUCAUGUCUCUCAUCCGAGUUCCCCUCGACUCAGACCUUAGGGCGCUGUUGCGACGUUGUCGACUUGGUGUCCGUCGAUCGGUUAUGGAAGGACCUAGCCAACGAAAGCAUCUUCAUUGACAUUGUAGUACUUAAUGCAGCUAAGCUCUCGGCACGGCCCAUUCUCGACUUAGGCAGGGACACUGUGUGGGAAGAGUACAUUAUCAAUGUGAGGACCCACCUCGACUUUAUCGAGCGGUUGUACAAGCAGCCAGGUGCUGAAGGCCGUCAAAAAGCGCUUAUCAAUUUGGCUUCUGUUGCGAUCCACGAGAGUAAACUCACCGGCGAGUACCCAAGCUAUGGUGCCACCAAAAGCGCGGGGACAAUGCUAGUGCAGCAGAUCGCCAAGGAUGUCCCUCCAGAAGAGCUUCAGAUGGUCAGCUACCAUCCGGGAGGCAUUUUCACAGAGCUAGCAGAACAUGCGGGUUUCGAGAAGGAUGACCCGCGAUGGGACGAUGGUACUAAUUUCAAUGCUGAAAACUUGCCCGGGCAGUUCGCCGUGUGGGCUGCGUCUCCAGAGGCAAGGUUCCUGCAUGGGAGAUUUGUAUGGGCGAAGUGGGAUGUGACAGAACUGCUUGAAGGGCCUCUACGAAAGCGGAUAAAUGAGGAUCACUCCUUUCUUAAGGUGGGGGUUGUGGGAAUUCAGGAAUGGGAGGCAACUCAGAGGCAUCUCUAA